AUGGCAGAUUCUCGUGUCGAGGAGCUCCUCAAGAGACCUCUCUAUGUAUAUGAUCUCCCACAAGAGCUUCUUUCAACUUUGACCACAAAAACCGGAACCCAAGACAUCGCUGCACAGACCCCCGAGCCCACUCCCAAAGACCCCGAGCUUGCAGCGCAAGAAUCCGCGAUUGCAUCUUCGACGUUGUGCUCCGUCUGCAACGUCACCUACCGAAAUGUGGAGGAGCAACGAGGUCAUGUCAGAUCUGACCACCACCGAUAUAACAUCAAGACCCAACUGAGGGGUAAUGCACCCCUCGACGAGGCUCAAUUUGUUAAAGCUGUGGGGGAACUGGACGAGUCUAUAUCCGGAUCAGAGUCUUCAGAGUCAGACGAUGAUGAACCCGAGGACGGCACCGACACAACACUCACAGCCUUGUUGAAGCGACAAGCGAAGCUCUCCGGGUCACCCGAAGAGGCAACAACUACCGUGCAAAGGACCGCGAAACAACCUCUUUUUUGGCUGUCCAGUUCCGGUCUCCCAUCCAACAAGUCACUGGGCAUCUAUCGGGCGAUUUUCUCCAAUGUUGAACAAGAUGAGCCUGGCCAUUUGGUGGACACCCUACGGAAAAAGCAAUUGGCUCCCAUCAAGGCGCGCACAAAUAAGGCACAGGCUCAACAGAGUCCUCCAGACUCCAGUCCUCACAUCUUCAUGUGUAUGAUUGGCGGUGGUCAUUUUGCCGCAAUGCUGGUUUCCCUCGCCCCCGAGAUCCACCGCAAGCAAGGUGGGGUGGAAGAAAGACAAGCCAGAGUAAUUGCGCACAAGACCUUUCAUCGUUAUACUACUCGACGCAAACAGGGUGGCUCUCAAUCUGCUAGCGAUGCGUCACGGGGAGCUGCCCACUCUGCCGGUUCCAGUCUGCGUCGAUACAAUGAAGCGGCGCUUGAGAAGGAUAUUCGAGAGCUACUUACGGACUGGAAAGAGAUGAUUGACAGCGCGGACCUGCUAUUCAUCCGCGCCACAGGAAAAACGAAUAAGAGAAUUCUCUUCGAGAAGUACGACAACCACGUUCUCAAGCAGAAUGACCCGCGGCUGAGAGGGUUCCCCUUCAACACUCGCCGAGCCACGCAAGGAGAACUCAUGAGAUGUUUCAAGGAGUUGACCCGCGUAAAGGUCAGUGAAAUUGACGAGGCCGCACUGGCCGCCGCCGCUGCCGCUGCCGCGGCGAAAAAGAAAGAAGAAUCGAAGCCCUCGACGCCACGCCCACAGCCACAAAAGCCAAAACUAUCCAAGGAGGAAGAAGAGGCUUUGUUGCAUACCUCGCAAAUCCAAGCCUUGAUUCGCCGCUCCAAGGUUCCUGCUUUAAUGUCUUACCUCUCAAACAACUCCAUUCCUUCGUCAUUUACUUUUAUACCUGCCGACUCAACCCAGAACUUCCGUUCUCCGACUCCGCUUCACCUUGCUGCCAAUUUAGAUGCUCCGGCGGUUGUUGCUGCCCUCCUCACAAGGGCUGGAGCAGACCCGACAAUUGCCAACGGCGAAGGACGUACACCGUUUGAAUUGGCCGGAGACCGUCCGACGCGUGAGGCCUUCCGUAUUUCCCGUCACGAGUUGGGUGAAUCGAAAUGGGACUGGACCGUGGCAAAGGUUCCAUCUGCGGUAUCAAAGACAGAAGCCGAUAGUAGGGCCGAACGGGAGAGGAAGGCCGCUGAAGAGGAGGAGAGUAGCCGUCGGAAAAUAGAUUUGGAGCGACUGAAGAAAGAAGAUGUCGAGAGAGAAGCACACCAAAGGGCCAGCAAAGGUGGUCGGGCCCUAGGAGCAGUGGAGAAAACCGCUGCGGAGAAACGCGACGAAGAGACUCGAGGGAUGACUCCGGAGAUGAGGAUGCGAUUAGAGCGAGAGCGGAGAGCCAGAGCAGCUGAAGAGCGUUUCCGGCGGAUGCAAAACAAUUAG